AGGAGCGGCCGCUCCCUCUCUUCUCGAUCCGACACGGAGCGUGUGGCAGCGGGGACCAGGAGGAGCCGGUACACCGAGGGAGGACAGCCAGCCUGCGGUCUUUCUUUCAGCUGCUUUGAGCCUUUUUUUCCACUACAGAUAAAGAAUUUAACAGAGGAAACAUGUCCAAGGCACCGGCCGUCGGGAUUGACCUGGGGACUACCUACUCCUGCGUGGCCGUGUUCCAGCAUGGUAAAGUGGAGAUCAUCGCCAAUGAUCAGGGAAACAGGACCACGCCCAGCUACGUAGCCUUCACAGACACUGAGAGGUUGAUUGGCGAUGCAGCAAAGAAUCAAGUGGCCUUGAACCCCACCAACACAGUGUUUGAUGCAAAGCGUCUCAUCGGACGCCGUUUUGAUGAGCCUGUGGUCCAGGCCGACAUGAAGCACUGGCCCUUUAAAGUUAUCAAUGAUAAUGCCCGCCCCAAAGUGCAAGUAGAUUACAAAGGUGAAACCAAGUCCUUUUACCCAGAGGAAAUCUCUUCCAUGGUGCUGCUGAAGAUGAAAGAGGUUUCUGAGGGAUACCUCGGCAAGACCGUAACGAACGCGGUGGUGACUGUGCCAGCCUACUUCAACGACUCUCAGCGUCAGGCCACCAAAGAUGCAGGGACCAUUUCUGGGCUUAAUGUCCUGCGAAUCAUCAACGAGCCCACGGCCGCCGCCAUCGCCUACGGCCUGGACAAAAAGGUGGGAGGUGAGAGAAACGUUCUCAUCUUUGACCUGGGCGGCGGCACAUUCGACGUCUCCAUCCUGACUAUUGAAGACGGCAUCUUUGAGGUCAAGUCCACAGCGGGCGACACACACUUGGGUGGUGAAGAUUUUGAUAAUCGCAUGGUCAACCACUUCAUCGCCGAGUUCAAGCGCAAGCACAAGAAAGACAUCAGCGACAACAAGAGGGCGGUGCGUCGUCUGCGCACGGCAUGCGAGAGAGCCAAGCGCACCCUGUCAUCCAGCACCCAGGCCAGCAUCGAAAUCGACUCCCUGUACGAGGGCAUCGACUUCUACACCUCCAUCACCAGGGCCCGAUUCGAGGAGCUGAACGCCGACUUGUUCAGAGGAACGCUGGAGCCCGUGGAAAAGUCACUCCGCGACGCCAAGAUGGACAAGGCUCAGAUCCACGACCUGGUCCUGGUUGGCGGGUCCACUCGUAUUCCGAAGAUCCAGAAGCUGCUGCAGGACUUCUUCAAUGGGAAGGAGCUGAAUAAGAGCAUUAACCCCGAUGAGGCGGUGGCCUACGGCGCAGCUGUGCAGGCAGCCAUCCUGUCAGGGGACAAAUCGGAGACCGUGCAGGACCUGCUGCUGCUGGACGUGACCCCGCUGUCUCUGGGCAUUGAGACCGCGGGUGGGGUCAUGACGGCUCUCAUCAAGAGGAACACCACGAUCCCCACAAAGCAGACCCAGACUUUCACCACCUACUCAGACAACCAGCCCGGCGUGCUCAUUCAGGUCUUUGAGGGCGAGAGGGCCAUGACCAAAGAUAACAACCUCCUGGGGAAAUUUGAGCUGUCUGGAAUCCCUCCGGCCCCGCGAGGCGUUCCUCAGAUUGAAGUGACCUUUGACAUUGAUGCCAAUGGCAUCAUGAACGUGUCUGCAACUGACAAGAGCACCGGCAAGGAGAGCAAGAUCACCAUUACCAACGACAAAGGUCGUCUGAGCAAAGAAGACAUCGAGCGCAUGGUGCAGGAGGCAGAGAGGUACAAGGCCGAGGACGACGUGCAGAGAGACAGGGUCGCCGCCAAGAACGCCCUGGAGGCUUACGCCUUCAACAUAAAGGGCACAGUGGAGGACGAAAAGCUGAAGGACAAGAUCAGCGACGAGGACAAGCAGAAGAUUCUGGACAAGUGCACCGAAGUCAUCAGCUGGCUGGACAAAAACCAGUCCGCAGAGAAGGAAGAGUUUGACCAUCAGCAGAAAGAGCUGGAGAAGGUUUGUAACCCCAUCAUGACGAAGCUCUACCAGGGUGCCGGAGGCAUGCCGGGCGGGAUGCCGGGCGGCUUCCCCGGGGCAGGAGACACCAGUGGAGGAGGCGGAGCUUCCUCCGGACCCACCAUCGAGGAGGUCGACUAAACUGGACGUCUAACAGAAGUUGCUCUUCUCAGGCUGAUGUGACAGUUCUUGCUUUGGUGUUAUCACAGCAGUAUUUCCUUAAAAGCAUUUAGCAACAACUUUCUGGGAUCAUUUUCCUUUUCCUACUCUUUGUAAGCUUGGUUUAAGGAAGCUCUUUGCACGGUCACUUUCUUGACAAGCAGCUUUUCCUGUCUCCUUUCCUCAGUUAAACUAAUCAAUAUUUGGAUCAUCACAACGGGUUUCUUCUGGUGGCUGAAACGGUUGCUGUUGCACGAAUGUAUGCAGAAUUUCUGAAAUAAGAUUUAAUAAAGUAUUUUUUGGGCUUUUGAUCCA